AUGCCGCGCUCUUUCCUGGUGAAGAGCAAGAAGGCGCACAGCUACCACCAGCCGCGCUCCCCGGGACCCGACUACGCCCUCCAGCCGGGGGGUGUCCCCGCGCCCGGCGGCGGAGCAGACAGUACCCCGGGCGCCGCGGGGGUGAAGGCGGAGCCCGGGAGCCGCUUGUCUCCCGCGUCGCAGCGGACGGGGACCCCCGACGGAGCCUCCGCGUCCCCCGGCAGCUGCGCGGGCAGCGUCUGCGACCGGAGCUCGGAGUUCGAGGACUUCUGGAGGCCGCCGUCGCCCUCCGUGUCUCCAGCCUCGGAGAAGUCGGUGUGCCCGUCGCUGGACGAAGCGCAGCCCUUCCCCUUGCCCUUCAAGCCCUACUCGUGGAGCGGCCUGGUGGGCUCGGACCUGCGGAGCCUGGUGCAGAGCUACCGGCCGUGCGCGGGCCUGGAGCGCGGCGCGGGCCUCGGCCUCUUCUGCGAGCGCAGCCCGGAGCCCGGCCACCCCGCCGCGCUGUACGGCCCCGAGCGGGCGGCGGGCGGCGCGGGGGCCGGGCCCGGGGCCGGGGGCGCGGCGAGCGGCGCGGGCCUGGGGCUCUACGGCGACUUCGGGCCGGCGGUGGCCGGGCUGUACGAGCGGCCGGCGGCGGCGGCGGGCGGGCUGUUCCCGGAGCGCGGCCACGGGCUGCACGCGGACAAGGGCGCCGGCGUCAAGGUGGAGUCGGAGCUGCUGUGCACCCGCCUGCUGCUGGGCGGCGGCUCCUACAAGUGCAUCAAGUGCAGCAAGGUCUUCUCCACGCCGCACGGGCUGGAGGUGCACGUGCGCCGGUCCCACAGCGGCACGCGGCCCUUCGCCUGUGAGAUGUGCGGCAAGACGUUCGGGCACGCGGUGAGCCUGGAGCAGCACAAGGCCGUGCACUCGCAGGAAAGGAGCUUUGACUGUAAGAUCUGUGGCAAGAGCUUUAAGAGGUCGUCGACGUUGUCCACACACCUCCUCAUCCACUCAGACACCCGGCCCUACCCCUGUCAGUACUGUGGCAAGAGGUUCCAUCAGAAGUCAGACAUGAAAAAACACACCUUCAUCCACACGGGUGAGAAGCCCCACAAGUGCCAGGUGUGCGGCAAGGCCUUCAGCCAGAGCUCCAACCUCAUCACCCACAGCCGCAAGCACACAGGCUUCAAGCCCUUCGGCUGUGACUUGUGUGGGAAGGGCUUCCAGAGGAAGGUGGACCUCAGGCGGCACCGGGAGACGCAGCACGGGCUCAAAUGA